UUGAUUCCAUUGAUGGCUUGUGAUUCUGCACCUGCUUGUGACGAGAAGAGCGCAAAGGCUCUUCAGUUCAUCGAGGAGGUCACAAAAAACACCGACUCGGUCCAGGAGAGAGUUUUGGAGGAGAUUCUGCGCCAGAACGCCGAUACAGAGUAUCUGAAGCGAUUUGGCCUAAACGGAGCCACUGACCGGAAGACCUUCAUGUCCAAAAUUCCUAUCGUUACUUACGAGGAUCUUCAGCCUGAUAUCCAACGCAUUGUAAAUGGUGACCGCUCUCCAAUCUUCUGCGCUUACCCAAUCUCUAAGUUCCUCACGAGACGGACACAGUAUUACGUGGUGAAAAGCACAAGCAGGGACAUGUAACAUGUAGGUGAG